AUGGUAGGCGGUGCGCAGGGCGAUAACAUCACUCAGUGGCUGACGGUGGAAACGUGGUGCACGCACCUCACCUUCCCACUGCUCACCGUCACCGUGCUGGCUUCCUUCGGCUCCUCCCUGCUGUACGGCUACAACCUGGCCGUGGUGAACUCGCCGGCCGUGCACAUAAAGGCCUUCUACAACGCCAGCUGGUCCCAGCGCUACAGCCAGAGCCCGAGCCAGGAGCUGCUCACGGUCAUGUACUCGCUGACCGUCUCGGUCUUCGCCCUGGGCGGACUGGUGGGCUCCCUUCCCGUGCAGCCCUGGCUCUGGCACACCAUGGGCACCCCGCGCUACGGGAGGAACGGGACCCUGGUGCGGAGCCCGCUGCUCGUCUUCCUGGCCGGCAUCCUGAUGGGCUCCAGCCGCUACCUGGAGCUGCCCGAGAUGGUCAUCGCCGGCCGCUUCGUCACGGGGCUGCACUCGGGCAUCUGUCUCAGCGUGGUGCCCAUGUACCUGGGAGAAAUCGCCCCCAAGAACCUGCGUGGCUUCCUCGGCUUGGUGCCCAGCAUCUUCAUCUGCCUGGGAGUCUUCUCUGCGCAAGUCCUGGGCCUGCCGGAGCUGCUGGGGGAGGUCAGUGCUGCUAGCGGGCUCCAUGGGGCCGCCGUGCCCUGGAUGCGCUACCUCAGCGUGGCCUGCGUCAUCGGGAUCAUCGCUGGCUUCUGCAUGGGCCCAGCUGGUGUGCCCUUCCUGAUGACGGCAGAGCUCUUCAAGCAGUCACAUCGCCCCGCUGCCUAUAUCGUGGGGGGGUCUCUGAACUGGCUCUCCAACUUCACCGUGGGCUUCGUCUUCCCCUUCCUGCAGAUGUCGGCCGGCGCUUUCUGCUACCUGGUGUUCUGCGGGGUCUGCCUGCUGGUGGCUCUCUACAUCUACGUGGUGAUCCCCGAGACCAAGAACAAGACCUUCAUGGAGAUCAGCCAGAUCUUCGCCGCCCGCCGCGCCUUCCUGGCCACCCCGGCCAGCGCCGUCAAGAUGGUCGCGCUCGGCGGCUACGGGGCCCUGGAGAGCAGCUCCCUGGAGCUGUCUGAGUCCGGCCAGGCGUGACCCUCAGCCCCCCAGCCCUGCAAGGCUGCGAACAAUCUGUGGGGUGGGUGGCAGGGCCCGUGCCGGGGUCAUGGAUCCAAAGAUGUUGCCCUCGCCCUGGGCUUUGCAGGCUCAAGCUCUCCCCAACCCACCGCUGGUCUCCUCCCGCAGGUGUCCUAGAACAAGGGCUCCAGGUUGCUGCUCUGCGGCCCCGCACGGCACCUUCCCUGCAGAGCCGAGUCGGUGCCAGCCUGGGGCUUAGGGCCAGGCGGCUCAUCUGCUG